AUGGACACGUCGAACCGUCGCAGACGAAUGUUCCAAAGCAGACGAUGCUGCAGCACACCAGCCAUGGCAAGUCUCAGUGACUUUCCAGACUCUUUCAUCGAAGAAAUUAAGAGCAAGAUCUUCAAGAAAGAUGCAGACUCCCAAUCAGGCUCCCCUUCAGGAUCGAAGGAAAGCUUGAAUACCCAAUCCUCAGAUGGAUCUCAACAAGACGGAAAAGAGAAUUCAGCCGUUGUGUUUUCUCUCCGUAACCAGGUCGGCGGCCUGGUACGUGCACUACGAGUCUUCAAGGAGAAAAACGUGAACGUGCUUCACAUAGAAUCCCGCAAGUCUCGCGCAAACCCGUCUCAGUACGAGAUCUUCGUAGGCUUGAACUGUGACCAGGGCCAGAUGACUGACGUGGUGCACGCUCUGCGCCAUGAGGUGGAUUGCAUCGCCCUGAAGGAGUAUUUUUCCAAAGGCUGCCAACUGGAGUCCAUGGACUCUUUCGGGCCGCAGCCAGAGCUUUCUUCUGCGGACAUGCCUUCUCAGUUCGCAGGAAUGCCGUGGUUUCCGAGAAAGAUAGCCGAUUUGGACAAGACUUCUAACAAGGUUCUCAUGUACGGUGCUGAACUGGACGCCGAUCAUCCCGGCUUCAAAGACCCCACCUACAGGCAGAGGCGGAUGUUCUUCGCCGAUGUGGCAAUGAAGUACAAGCACGGGCAGCCAAUAAUGAGGAUCGAGUACACGGAAGAAGAGAAGAGGACCUGGGGACGCGUCUUCACGGAGUUGAGCAAGUUGUAUACCAAGCACGCCUGCAAGGAGUUCUUGGAGAACUUCGAGUUGCUCAUCAAGUACUGUGGAUACAGGCAAGACAACAUCCCACAGCUCGAAGACGUCAGUCAAUUUCUGAAACAUAGGACAGGCUUCCAACUGCGACCCGUUGCUGGCUACUUGUCAGCUCGAGACUUCCUGGCCGGCUUGGCAUUUCGGGUAUUUUACUCUACGCAGUAUAUCAGACACGGCUCUGACCCUUUCUACACACCUGAACCGGACUGCUGCCACGAGCUCCUGGGGCACUGCCCGAUGAUGGCGGAUUCCAACUUUGCCCAGUUCUCUCAGGAACUAGGUCUUGCAUCGCUAGGAGCCUCAGAUGAGGAAGUUGAAAAGCUGGCCACGUGCUACUUUUUCACGGUGGAGUUCGGAUUGUGCAAGCAGAAUGGUGAAAUGAGGGUGUACGGCGCCGGAUUACUCUCGUCAGCUUCUGAGCUAAGGCACGCGCUGACCAGCGAAGCCAAAGUUCUCGCAUUCGACCCUGUAACGACGUGCGAGGAGGAACCUAUCAUUACAGCAUUCCAAAAUGUGUAUUUUUACACGGAGAGCUUCGACGAGGCCAAACAACAGAUGAGGGAGUUCGCCAAGACCAUCAAGCGUCCAUUCGGACUGCGUUACAAUCCCUACACGCAGACUGUGGACGUGCUCACCAACACCAGAAAGAUCGCCAAUAUCGUCAGCGAACUCAAGGGAGACCUCUGCAUCGUCACCAACGCCCUGAGCAAGCUGACGCCUUCGGAACUCCCAGAGACGCUGAACCGUUGAUCCUGUUCACAUAUAUGUUUAUUGCUCAUACCCAAUUUCUUGCAUGUUUCGCCGUAGAAUAUGUCUGGACCCCUCAAAGUAUCACCCACUUUCAGCUAAACUGUACGUACCAAAGUUAGCGAAAUAUCAUUUUGUCAUAUUCCUUGGUGUGUCGACAACCAGCGUAAUCUCCCAACGUUUCCCUUUGUGAUUCUUUAUUCUCUUCCCUCUAUUCCCUUUGUGAUUCUUAUCUUUGUAAUUCACACCUGCACUGGUGUGUUUCAAGUGGUGUUUCUUUAGUAACAUAACAGACGCCAAGGAGAAAGCCCAAAUCUCCAAAAUCUGAUUGCUCUGAAAUCUGAUCUGAAAAUCUGAUCUCGCCAAAAUCUGAUUGCUGAAUAUCGAAUAAGGACGUAAGGAAUGCUCAGUGAUUUUAUCAAUAUUUAUCAAAAUGACGGGAACACAUAUUUAAGUUUUCGAUAAGAAAAUAAUGCCAACGAGGAGAGACUAUCGCGAGGUUUUGAAGAUGGAUAUAGUGCAUAAAAGAAGCCGCAGCUGUGCGACCGCGUGUUGGGUAUCCUUCACAACCAUUUUUUUCUUCUUUUUUUAGUCGUCAGCCUUCUUCAAGCAACCCACGGUAUGGACCUCUGUCGCAUGCGCGUGGCGUCCAUGAUACUGAAGGCAACGCGUAGCGAUACGUAGAGCUGCUGACUACUCCACAGGUUUCGUGUUACUCACUUGCAUGUUCUGACGCAUGUCCUAGUCGGAGGAGACCAUCACCGAAGACUCACACCCGCACCUCCAAGAUCGGUUUGGGGUUUGUCUGCUAUUACACUUCAGUUUUGUUCUGCCACGAGCAGCAAGUAUGUUUUGCUGAAGAACCUUCAGGACUGUGACAAGAUUAGGAGAGAGGUCCCUAACAAUUUGGCUCGGGGUUAUCUGCGUGCGUCUGCACCCUGUAACGUGCAUGUGGCAUGAAGAGCACGAUAGAAAUGUUCAAUAAGCACACCCCUGUCCCAAUGCUUUGUAUAUCAUGUGUGCGAGUGAGUAAAUGAUGUCUUAC